AUGGUAGACGCUAAGACACCCCGGCUGGGAGCCUGUCUCUCUCUGAUCCAUUUAAUCGUCCUCAUCUCUGGAGCUCACGCCGCCUCAUUUCAACGCAGCCAGCUGCUUCGGAAAGAGCCAGACCUCCGAUCGGAAAAUGGCCCCAAGUUACCGAAUCCUGAAAUGAUCAGGGCUCUAGAGUACAUAGAGAAGCUCCGACAGCAAGCCCACAAAGAGGAGAGCAGCCCCGACGACGGCCCCUACCCAGGCGGCGUCUCUGGUCCUUUCCAGCCCAAAGAGAACGGCGGCGGCGAGGACAGCCGUCUGCCGGAGAGCUCCAGGGACUCGCUGAGUGAGGAGGAGUGGAUGCGGAUCCUGCUGGAGGCCCUGAGACAGGCUGACGACCCUCCCCAGCCGGCUCCCAAGGACAGCAAGGCCUACGCUUGGAGCAUCCCGAAGAGCUUCCCGGCGGACCUGAUGGAGGACUACGAGCCGCAGCCGCAGUGGCCCGAGAGGAAGCUCCAGCGCCUGCGGCUCCCGGGGCUGUACGAAGAGCCGUCCCGGGACAACCCCUUCAAACGCACCAACGAGAUCGUGGAGGAGCAGUACACCCCGCAGAGCCUGGCCACGCUGGAGUCUGUCUUCCAAGAGCUGGGCAAACUGACCGGGCCCAACAACCAGAAACGAGAGCGCGUGGAGGACGAUCCGAAGGCGCUGUACACGGGCGACGAAGAUGACCUCUACAAGGCCGGCAACCUGGCCUACGAAGACGUGGUGGGCGGGGAAGACUGGAACCCCAUCGAGGAGAAAAUCGAGGGCCAAGCCCAGGAGGAGGCGAGGGACAGCAAAGAGAACACCGACCAAAGAGAACCGAUCAACGAAGAAACCAAGCGCGCAGCGCAGCCCGGGCUCCAGGAGGAGGAGCAGCUGUCCGGGGACGCCUCCAAGGUGCUGGCCUACCUAAAGAGGUUAGUGAGCCCCGCGGCCAGUGGCAGGCCCCAGACCGGCCCGACGGGGGACAGGCCAGCCAGGCUUCUGCAGAAACCCCUCGACUCCCAGUCUAUUUAUCAGCUGAUCGAACUCUCGAGGAAUCUGCAGAUGCCCCCCGAAGACUUGAUCGAGAUGCUGAAGACCGGAGAGAAGCCCGUGGGCUUGGGGGAGCUGGACCAGGAGCUAGACCUUCCCGUGGACCUCGAAGACGUCGCGGACGCUGACCUUGACCAUCCAGACCCAUUCCCAAGUAAGAUGCUUUCCAAGGCUGGGUACCCCCAAACCCCCGGGCGCGCCUUGGCCGAGGCCUUACCCGAUGGGCUCAGUGUGGAGGAUGUUUUAAAUCUGCUGGAGAUGGAGAACGCUGCCAAUUCCAAGCCACCGUAUUUCCCCAAUCAAUACAGCCGCGAUAAAGGUCUGGCGAGGCUCCCUUACGGUCCCGGAAAACCUCGAACCAACCAGCUUUCCAAAGCUGCCUGGAUGCCCGAGGUUGAAAACCAACAAGAACUCUAUGAGAAUCUGAACGACAAGGACCAAGAGUUGGGAGAGUACUUGGCCAGGAUGUUAGUGAAAUACCCCGAGAUCAUGAAUUCCAACCCCGUGAAGCGAGGGCCCAUUCCUGACUCUUCCGAAGAUGACCUUCUGGAAGAAGAGCAGUUGGAGCAGGCCAUCAAAGAACACCUGAGCCAAGGCAGCUCCCAGGAGACUGAUAAAGUGGCCCCGGUGAGCAAGAGGUUCCCUAUGGGCCCCCCGAAGAAUGAUGACUCCCCGAACAAACAGUACUUGGAUGAAGAUCUGCUCAUGAAAGUGCUGGAGUACCUCAACCAAGAAAAGGCUGAGAAGGGAAGAGAGCAUGUUACUCAGAGAGCCAUGGAAAAUAUGUGA